AUGAAACAGCAAAAAAGACCAAAAAAUUACAAUACUCGACGUAAGCAAUAUAUCGUUUUGGGUCAUACUGUUUUUGAAUGGAUUCAACUUAUCGCAACACUAACCGUACCCAUUACUAUUGGUUUGUUUACUCUUGGCAACAGUUUUCAACAAAUGAAUCAAAGCAAAAGUCAAUUCGACGUACAAUUACGUAUUGCCGCUGAGAAUCGUCAGAAAGAUCUACUUAUUGCUUCAGAAAACCGUCGAAAAGAUAUGGAUAUUGCCGCUGAAAAUCGCCAGAAAGAUCUACUUAUCGCAUCGGAAAAUCGUCGGAAGGAUUUAGAUAUUGCAGCUGAAAAUCGUAAAAAAGAUCUCAAAAUAGC